CGCUCUACAGUUGCUUUGGGAAGCCAAGUCAGACGACAAGGGAACGGUUCCUAGUCAUUAUCCCAUGCGCGCCUGGAAAUACCUAGACUGAAGCCUAUCUUUAUGGCAAAACGGAAGAGUUUGAUACCCACGUUCCUGCGGAAAUUGAAUCUAGAUCUUCACAAAGAGAAGCAUGAGGAGAUCGAAGUUCUAUUGAGUUAGAACAACAACCAUCGAUUACGUUCCCUUCACCUAUAACAUCAGAUACAUGUGUCAUAACCAACGUUGGUAAAAGUUCUUGUCUGUGUAGCCAAUGCUGGAACGGGAACUGCACUGAAAUAUUAGUUGAUUCAACAACGCGAAUGGACAUCAGGGAAGGUGAACUGAUACUAUCCCAGUACCACAGAAGAGUCUCCCAACGAUUUUCGUGAAAAUUCAGCAAUUCUUCACCAUACCAGAGAGAUUGUUAGAAAGCAAAAGACAGGAACACUUGUUGCCUCAUGAGCCACACAACGCAGGAGCCCUCAAGUCAAAUCGCAGGUAAAAGUUUAAAGCUAGAGGACGAGGGAGGCAACAACACCUGCAUGGGACAAGGCAUUUCUUGUGUACCUGUGCCCAAAAGACGGCGUCGCCCAACAGUAUGUAUCACAGCCUGUAGCACCACCACCUUAUAUGCUGUAGAGAAUCUGGUUCGAGCUGCACUGGGGGAAAGCAUCAACAUCGAUAUCCACACAGUACAUAUCCAAAAAAGAGAAUCCAUCUCCCUGCUCAAGAAGUAUGGGUCCAAAACCUAUUUCAUAUGCUGUGCUAAUUACGGGCAUCGCUUACUUCUUCUGUCGGACACCGACCCUGACGAACUCACAGAGGUUGUUUAUCACGCAGGGAAGAUUAGCAAAUAUAAAAAAGAUGGUGUUAUGGUGCUGCUGUUUGGUCAUCGCAAUCUGACUGAGGGUGUGUAUGACCUUUCUACUUUCGACGGCGCUUUCAUGAGGUCACAGCCAAGACUUGGUGAAAAGGCCGGGAGAGGAAAGUUCAUCAGUGUGUACGACGCCUUCAACUCGGACCAAGAGGAAUGCUUGCGUCGGUGGGUUCGGAUACCAACCGAAAAGGAUGAAGCGUUGGGGGAGGAGCCAAUGCUUAUGGGUCCGACAGAAAAUGUAGAGGCGUCCGAGGAAGAUCCGUUCCUUGAUAAAGUCCAUGAAAAUCCGCCCCUUUUAGAACCAGAAAAUAUAAACGAAGCCAGGAAAGAGUAUCCAAGGACAUUACAAAUUCUGGAAAUAGAUCCCCAUGGAUACAAUGAUGAGUAUGACGGGCCUGUGAGCACAGUAUAAACAUAACUUUGGCCUUUGACACAGAAAAAUAUCUGAUGCGCUAUUACAAAAUGUGUAAAAUGUAACUUACGUUAUAUCUUGACCCCCUUUUCAUUGUCCAUCAGAUCUAGAAGUUACCUUUUAUGCUAGCCAUAGGUGCUCCUAGAUUGAUGAAAGAAACGUUAGUUACAAAGAGUUCGACAACCAUUUCAUGUCGAAAAUGCAUUGACAUAGAGAUCCACGCUAACGUUAUUUCUGCGUAAACAAAAAUUAUAUUUGGUCCCCUACAGAGAGACGCAUAAAUUUACAGUUGUACAUUUGUAUUAUAGCUUUUACACAGCUUUAUGACAUUCUAAUCAAGUGCGAUAGACAAGGUUAUUGGAUAACAACGGGGAUUUAGAAAUAAAACAUUGACGGAAAUAACUCAUGGUUCUGAUCUAAAGAAAUGCUGAGACAUACGCAUUUCUACAUAUUAUGUUAUAUGCCGCGGACAUCUAUACCUUGACGUGACAGAAUAGCCCUGUCUUUGUGUUAACUGUAUGAAGUGUAUGUGGUCUCAGAUCAUUGAUUUAUAGAAGGCAACUAUUGGAGUAAGGUGGCAUUGUCAUAUUAUUUGCGUCAAAUUUGCCCCACUUACAACAACAACCUUUGUCCGCACUAGACGACUGGAUGACAUCAUUCUCUGAAAAAUAAGCAGUAUUCUUUGUGAGACCUAUAUGGUCGCGUCUACGUUUAUGCAAUAUCUGACAAACACACUUAUUAGUGCAGCGACCAUAUCAGGGUGUUGUGUAAUAUUUUCCUUCUGUUGGUUUUCCAAUAUUGUAUGGAUGAAGCUGUAAUUAUCCUGGGAACACAAGACCCAUCAAAAUAUGUUAUUUUUAAUGCCAAAAACUGUAGACCGAUGUUGUCUGUAAGAAGGCGCCAACAAGAACCUACAGACAGGCUUUUUCAACCCUAUGUGCCCUUUUUUGUUUGUUCGCGGCAAGAUCAUACAAAGACUUUGAAACAUGGCAAAUACAGCAGCUUUUAUGUUAGAUUUUGGCAAGAUAGUCAAAGUUGAUUGACGACACAUAUUGUUCGUAGCCAGAGCUAAGUACAGAUUAUGAAAUCGGACUCAAAAAAUCUGAAUCGAUCAUUUUAUGCAUUGUCAUUAACUUCAGUAACGGUGUUGUGUAAUGCUGAAAGUCCAUUUGCUAAAAGAGGAAAAGUUCAAUAACCUAUAUGAGUAUGUGUCUUUUAUGCUGACGUGCUCAUUUUGUAGGAAGCCUAUCUUCAUUAGGGGCACGAAAUAUCCCGUCAGGUGGUAAAGGCACAGAAAUAAAAGUAAUAAGAAACAAUCAAAACUAAGAGUCCGUUGGACACGAAGUUCCUUGAAGUAAUUAUGUGACAUGCUAAAUUUCAGCCAAAUCCACCACGCAAAAGUAUCUUUAUGUAUAGGUGUGAAGACAAAGACCCAAACAAAAAGAAGUUGUUCAAAGUAUUAAAGUCUUGUAUCAGCAAAGAAGGGUAUUGCAGUAUUUCGCCAUAAGUUAUGUAAAUGAGGCUAUUUUUGCAUGGCCUAUAUCUAAUAAUGUUUAACUUAACUUAACUUCCAAAUGCCAUAAGAAUGA